CCUGCAUUUCGCACGUCUCGUUGGAGACAGUGGAUCGGAUCAGACGAGUCGAGUAUAUAGAUCUGGCAAUACUGCUCCCGCCCAAAUCUAUUUCUACCGGGGAGCCAGCCCCUAAGAGGUUCCGCAUAGACGAGGAAGGGGCACUUUCGGUGACAAGCGCACCGAAAGGGAAAAUUGAGAACCUUGCCACGUGGACCGAGGCAUGGUCUAUUUUUAGCCUGAUCGCCAUCCGCGAUCAACCUCGCUGCGCCGCUGCACUGAUGCAGCACCAAAUACGCAUGGUACAGGCAGCCGGGAAGUACCGCUUCUCGGCAGUCGUGGACUACGACACGCGGGCACGCCAGGCCCUGUCAAAGGACCCAAGCCGAUCCCUGGCGGAGCUCGACACGGAGCUUUUCGCGACGUGUUUCACGGGUCAGGCCCUUCCCAAUUGCAGCAUUUGCAAGAAGGUGGGGCACUUGGCCGGAGCGUGCACCUCGGCCUUUCGCGGCAAGCAGGCGAAAGAGAGUGCAAGCACUAAAUCAACCGAAAUCUGCCGCCGUUACAAUCACGGCGCCUGCAGCGGCCCAUGUCGCUUUCGACACGCCUGCCUCUUCUGCUCAGGCUCGCACGCCGUGUCAGCCUGUCCAGCCAAGAAAUAAGAACGAACAGCAAUCAGCCCCGGCACCACUUUCUUGCAUUCACCCACCCCCUAACACCCCUAUGAACAUUGCUGCAUUACACCCCAACACCCCUAUCAAUAUUGAUGCAUUACACACUGAAUUGCUGGCGCACCCUAAUCCUGCAUUUGUUCAUUCUCUAAUUAGCAAUUUACGUGCCGGCUGUCGUAUUGGGUUCACCGGACCCCGUGAUGUGUCCGUACGCAGCCCGAACUUGUCUUCAGCGGCAGCACACCCCGAGGUCGUCGACCAGUACCUGGCCACGGAAUGCAGUCGCGGCCACACCGCUGGCCCCUUCAACGCGCCGCCAUUCGUCCAUCUGCGCACCUCUGGCGUAGGUGUGGUCCCCAAGAAGUCGGGCGGCCACCGGCUCAUCAUGCACCUGUCCGCCCCCGAUGGGAACAGCGUCAAUUCGUUCAUUGACAAGCAGGCCUAUCGUUUCUCCCUAAUUACGAUUGACACGAUAGCAGACCACGUGCGCAGGACGGGCCCCGGAGCCCUCCUGUCAAAGGUGGACCUGAAGCACGCUUUCCGACUCUGCCCCGUGCACCCUGACGACUGGCCGCUCCUCGGCAUGUUAUGGAAGGGCAACUACUAUUUCGACACUGUCCUGCCAUUUGGCCUACGCUCCGCUCCCAGUCUGUUUAACUGCCUGGCUACCGCCCUAGAAUGGAUCCUCCGUAAUAACUACAGUAUCCCUGCACUGGAGCACUAUUUGGAUGACUUCGUAUCAGUGUCUCCAGCAGCCGAGUCUGUCACGUCCUCUGCGGCCGCGACCCACAAAGCCACUAUUCUGCAGGUCUUCGCAAAACUGGGUGUCCCAACAGCAGACGGCCCGGACAAAGUUGUUGGCCCCGCCACCUGCCUCACAGUGCUUGGCAUCGACAUUGAUUCAGCGGCAGGGGAGCUGCGGCUCCCAGCCGAUAAGCUCCGUACAUUGCGGCAACUCCUAGCAGCCUGGGCCACCCGGCCAUCAGCGUCCAAACACGAACUCCAGUCCCUCGUUGGCCACCUGGCGUUCGCCGCCAAGGUCGUGCCAGCCGGUCGUACGUUCACUCGCCGCCUCAUCGACCUGUGUUCCUCAGUCACCAGCCCUGCCGCGGACGUCCGCCUCACCAGCGAGGCUCUCGCCGACAUCAAAUGGUGGCAGGAUUUCCUCCCACUAUGGAACGGAAAGGCCCUCCUACGCGACCCCGUAUGGUCAAAGUCCCCGGACCUGGAAUUGUUCACCGACGCGUCUGGCAGCGGUUUCGGCGGCUUUUACCAGGGUCGUUGGUUCGCGGGCACAUGGUCAGCGGCGCAGCAGGCCCCACCGUACACGUCCAUAAUGUGGAGAGAGAUGUGGCCCAUCGCCAUCGCCUGCCAACUCUGGGGCCCCCACUGGGCACAGAAGAAGAUCCUCCUGCACUGCGAUAAUUCAGCAGUGUGCACCGCCUGGGAGUCCGGCACAUGCCGACACGCCGGGGUCAUGGCACUGAUACGCAGCACCAUGCAACUCACCGCUCGCCACAACUUCUGCCUGCUCGUCCGUCACAUCGCCGGCGUCGACAACAGCAUCGCAGACGCACUCUCCCGGGCCCAGUUCCAGCGCUUCCGCCGUCUGGUUCCCGACGCGGAGACUGCCCCAUCGUCACUCGCCAGUGCCCAAUCCGACAACAGAUAGUCGCAUCCGUCUGCAGCUGGCCAGGCGCCCCAGCCGCCAAUUCAAGCUCCCAGCAAUCCCAGCUACCACUGCGCGGGCUCGCCGUACGUCCGUAGUCCCCCCAGCCCAGCAUCUCGCAUCUCUGCUCUUUUCUUGUUGUUUUGUUUACCCUACUCUACUAACCCACCUACAAUUUCCGCUGGCAAUGAUCCAUGCCCUCGCCGGGGC